CUGCUCGCAGUGUCUUGGCCGAUCUCGCGCCGAUCGCACCACCGCUCGUCCAUCUUUCUCUGCCACUGCGAUUCCGCGCGCAUACCGCGUACACCCACACACCCGUAUCGUCGAAACGCGCGCGUCGGUUCCGCUUGAUUUCGCUUCGAUUCUCUCCUCUCCUCCUCUCUCUCUCUCUCUCUCUCCCCUUCUCUUUCUUCCUCUCCUCCUCUCUAUCACCCUCUUUCUCUCUUCCCCCUUUUCCCUACCUUCGUUCGCCACUACUCCUUUUCCUAAUUCAAUCCUCUUGAUCUCCCCCCCCCCCCUCUCUUUAUAUAUAUAUAUAUAUUUUUUUUUCUCUCUCUUCUCAUCUCUCUCUCUCUCUCCGUCUUCAGCCAUCCUCCUUCGUUCCUCCUAUCCUCCUUCGUUCCUCCUAUCCUCCAUAUCCCUCCGUCGCUCCCUCCUCCUGAUCGUAUGCCUCUUUCUCGCCCAAGUACAUCAUCACCGCCGGUCGUUCCCACGAUCACUGUCGCGGCCACCAGCGGCCCGAGCACGCAGCAGUCGAGGAGGCAGUCGCCGUGUGCACUCGCGUGCAUUCGUCGCGUGCGAACGGACUCGAGGAUCGACGAGGGUCGUGCGAUCGUGGCUGGUACCGUCGUGAGCGAGAUCGAUCGAUCGACCGGUCGAUCGCGAACGUGCUGGUGGAGGACAUAUCCUCGGCGGAGUCACCUCAGCUCGCCCCGGUGGAGGAAGGUUGGUGAUCGCGAUUGCUUCACAAAGCAUCGGGCCGUUCUUCGAAGCAACAAGUAACGACGACGGCGUCGACGACGACGACGUGUAAAAGAGGAGGAACUCGUCUUCCGGAUCGGGAUCUCUACUGGGUGUAUAAUAAUAAGCGCACGGCGACAUCGCGCGCGAUCCGGCACACUUAGCAUACUCCGAAAGGAGGAUUGACUUUCUCCAGCUGUGUGUGUGUGUGUGGUUGGUCCAACUGUCCGGGACAACCUCGAGGCGCAGCCUCUUCCGAGCGUCGCGAGAAAACGAAGCAACGAAGCGAGAGGACGAAGAGGACGAACGCGCGACGGUUGAAGGACCACGACGAGGAACGACACGAGAAGGACGACGUCUUUUGGGUGAGAAGAGUGUGUUUGUGCACGACUUAAUCAUCACCAGAGGUGUAUCCUGAAAGAAGGACACCCGCACAGGAGGAGAGGAGGUACAAGAGGAAGCGUUCGAGCUUGCUGCAAUUUCAGCGACGUCGGGUGUGCUGUGAUUUCGGGGUGAUUGCACGGUGAAGGUGAUUCGCUCAGCAUGAGGGUGCAUCGCGGGAUCUGCGCCAAACUGCAGGGCGGCUUCCUCAGGCGAUGGUGGGCAGCCGUGGCGAUCGGGGUCCUGUUGAUAAUCCUGGCCGUCGUUCUGGCAAUACUAUUUCCGAAUCUUAUCGACCUGGUCCUGGACAAGGAGCUCGUGAUACGGGAUGGCGGUCGCACGUACACGUGGUGGAAGGAGCCGCCGGUGGUGCCCCGUAUGCAGCUUUACAUUUACAACGUGACGAACGCCGACGAGUUCCUGAACAACGGCGAGAAACCGGCGCUGCAGGAGCUGGGCCCGUACGUUUACACGCAGCACUGGGAAAAGACGGACAUCAAAUUCAACGACAAUGGGACCGUUACUUAUAAGGUCAAGAAAACGUUCGUCUACGCACCGGAGCUGUCGACCGGCUCUGAGGAGGAUCUGGUGGUUGUGCCGAAUGUUCCUAUGCUAUCGGCCACCAGCCAGUCGAAGCAUGCCGCCCGAUUCCUGCGUCUGGCGAUGGCGUCCAUCAUGGACAUCCUGAAGAUCAAGCCGUUUGUUGAGGUGUCGGUCGGCCAGCUGCUCUGGGGCUACGAAGAUCCUCUGCUGAAGCUGGCCAAGGACGUGGUGCCUAAGGAGCAGAAGCUGCCGUAUGAUCAGUUCGGUCUAUUAUACGGCAAGAACUCCACCAUGCCGGACCUUUACACGAUAUUCACGGGUGCGAACGACAUCACCAAGUUCGGAAUGAUGGACAGAUGGAAUGGUAAGGAUGGCUUGGGCCAUUGGACCACGCAGGAAUGCGACUCCGUGAUGGGCACCGACGGCAGCAUAUUCCCGCCGCACAUCACCAAGGAGACGGUGCUAAAAGUCUUCGAGAAGGACCUCUGCAGGACGUUGCCGCUGGUCUAUCAGCACGACGUGGUAUCCGCGGGGGAUGUUCCCGGCUACAGAUUCUCGCCUCCGACGAACGUCUUCACCACGGUGGAAAAUCUGCCGUCGCAGCAGUGCUUUUGCCCGGCCGGGCCUCCUUGCGCGCCAGAAGGAACGUUCAACGUCUCUUUGUGCCAGUACGACUCGCCGGUUCUCCUCACUUUCCCGCAUUUCUACCUUGCUGACCCGGCUCUAAGAGAGGCCGUGACGGGCAUAUCGCCGCCGGAUCCCGAGAAGCACCAGCUCUACAUCGACGUGCAGCCGAUAAUGGGCACGGCUAUGAGAGCGCGCGCACGGGUGCAGAUAAAUCUGGCGGUUAGCCAGGUGCGAGACAUCAAGCAGGUCGCCUCGUUCCCCGACAUCGUUUUUCCCAUUAUGUGGUUCGAGGAUUGCGUUGACGAGCUUCCCCCGCAGAUGCGCUCCCUGUUGAAGCUGGCCGUUGAACUACCGCCGAUAGCCCGCGCCACGGUGUCCGGGGUGCUCGGGGCGCUCGGCGUUAUCAUCCUGCUGGGCGCCCUGAUGUGUCUGGCGCGUGCUGCUAAGCGCCAGGAGAAACUGCACCUCAGCAAUCCGCUGCCGGCGAACGCGACCAACACCAAGAACGGCCAGCUGAACCCGGCCUUCCAGCACUCCAAGUAGUAGGAUGAGACGUAAGAAGAUAUGUACGCGUGAGGAUCGUGGGGAUCGACGAGAGAGAGUGCGAAACGCGCGCUCUCUGAACUUCUCGCGGGCUGGGAUCUCGCUCGAAACACAUGAGAAAUGGCGGGGUGUUUUUUCACACGAAUCGAUAGUGUGAAAGUAACACCGAUAUCAAGCGAGAGUGAAGGUUUUCAUUUUCGAGUAGCUUCGAGUGAAUCCCGACGUCCGAACAUGUCAAUCGGUCGGAGUGAAUAUCAGAUUGUAUAUCAGAUUCGCGGUUCCAAAUUAAGUUUCAAGCGACAAUAUUCGCUCGACGAUUCCGAACGGAGAAUUUAUUCUGUAUGAGUGAAAAGUCGCUCGAACUCGAAGAACUCGGUGGCCACUCUACGAUCGGUAUUCACAGUCAGGUUUUAUAUUUAAGAUGAUCUAAUUUCUUCUUCUCAGGCGCACCGCACACGGGAAGAAAUUUAGUUCUCACAACUGAAUAAAAACCAGAUGGAAACUCGGUGACAAAAUAUAAUAUCUUUGUUACCGUGAUCGAGCGUAUUCGGCCUCAUCGGUGAACAUUCAGCCUCGUUAAAAGCCUCGCUUGAGAUAAUAUUGAGCAAUGAGGCCGAGCAGAAAUCUUUCACAGGAGUUUUCCCUAUAAGCGCGUAAUAUUCCUAGAAUAUUAUAUGAAUAUUAUUAAAUAUUAAAAUAAUAUUUUUAUAAUAUU